AUGGCUCUGAUACCAAUUCCAUGCUGGAGACUUAAAGCAAUCAACUUCAUUUGGAUUUUGACUUUUUGCGUUAUCUUGAGACCUUCAGUGGCAUCCAAAUCCAUGUCUUCUCCAUCUUCAUCUUCCUCAACACCAAAACGAUCAUGGAAACAUGACGUAUUCUUAAGCUUCAGAGGUGAAGACACUCGUAACAAUUUUGUGGAUCAUCUUUAUAAUGCUCUUGUUCAGAAAGGCAUACAUGUAUUCAAAGAUGACAAGAUGCUCCCUCUGGGGAAACCGAUCUCUACAGAACUUUUGCAAGCUAUCGAAGAUUCCAGGUUUGCGGUUGUUAUUCUCUCAAAAAACUAUGCCAACUCUUCGUGGUGUUUGGAUGAGCUGGUAAAAAUUAUGGAAUGCCAGGAUCAGAAGGUGUUACCAGUGUUCUACCAUGUAAAUCCAUCUGAUGUUCAAUGGCAGAAAAGAGACUAUGGAAAGGCGUUUUUGCAACACGAGGAGAAGUUUGUGGGAGUGAUGGAUAAAGUCAACAACUGGAGGAAAGCUUUAGCUGCAACUGCUAAUAUACCUGGCUGGCAUAUCACGGCCGACAGCGGAGGUGAAUCUGCAUUUAUCGACAAGAUUGUUAACGAGAUCUUACCCAGUAUACAACCUAGUGGUAUGGAUGGUAAUCUUGUCGGUAUAGAGUCUCGUGUGGAUGCAUUAAAAUCAUUACUGAGUUUGGAAGCAACACAUGAGGCGCGCAUGAUAGGGAUAUCUGGAAUGGGAGGGAUCGGAAAGACGACUAUUGCUCGAACUUUGUUUAGAAAAAUUGUAUAUCUGUUUGACGGUAGUAGUUUCGUUGACAAUGUUCGAAAAAACAGUUCCACUACAAAAGGUAUAUGUCUGUUACAAGAGAUUAUUCUUAAAGAUGUUCUAGUACUGCAGCAAGGGUUGACAAUUAAUAAUCCUGAAGAUGGAGCCAAGAUGAUACAACUAAGAUUUAGGAAUAAAAGGGUUCUUCUUGUCCUUGAUGAUGUGGAUUCUUUCGAGCAAAUAGAGUACCUAGCUGGGACACGCAAAUGGUUCGGUCCAGGAAGUAGAAUCAUUAUAACCACUAGAGAUGAGCAUCUGUUAUCAUUUGCCGAUUGCACAUAUAAGCCGGCACUUUUACUUAUGGAUCAAGCUGUUGAGCUUUUCAGUAGGCAUGCUUUUCGAAAGAAUAGCCCUCCAGACGAGUUCAAGGACCUUUCAAAUCGUGCAAUAGGUUUUACUGGCCGUCUUCCUCUAGCCUUGAAAGUUUUAGGCUCUUUCUUUCGUAGAAAAAAUAUAACAAGUAUGUGGGAAAGUGACUUAGCUAGUCUAGCCAAAACACCAAAUCUGGAGAUCACCAAGACAUUGAGGUUUAGUUUUGAUCAUUUACAUGUGCUCGAAAAAAGGAUACUCCUGGACAUUGCAUGUUUUUUCAAGGGAAAAGAAGUAAAAUACGUGACUAGAUUACUUGAUAGCUUUGAUUUUCACGCGGUGAUAGGGAUCGAGGCUCUUAUCGAGAAAUGCCUAAUAACCAUUUCAUAUGGAAAGAUAGACAUGCAUGACCUCAUACAGGAAAUGGGUCAAAAAAUAGCGUGUGAGAGUUACCCGAAUAGCAGGAUAUGGAAACUGGAAGAAAUCCGUGAUUUUAUCAAGAAAAACGAGGAACUAAAAGUGGUUGAAGCGAUAGUAGAGUCCUUUCAUGACGAGAAGCUGGAUUUUAGUUCUGAUAUUUUUAAACCCAUGACGAAUCUUCGCCUACUUGAUGUUUACCAUCAUUUCACUUCUUGUGAACCUACCUUUCUUCCUGAUGAGUUACGAUGGCUUUGUUGGUUUCAAUAUCCAUUUCCUUCUCUACCACUAGCAAACAUGCAUAAGCUUACGGGUUUGAAAUUACACUAUGGAAGAACUGAGCAUUUAUGGGCGGGGCAAAUGGUUAUGCCAAACUUAAAAUUUAUCAACUUCUACGAUUUGUCAUUUCUGAAAAGUUUUCCAGACGUCUCAGGGGCCCCGAACAUAGAGAGGUUAGUUUUGUCAAGUUGUAGGAACUUGGAGGAGGUUCACGAGUCUCUCGGAUCUCAUGGGAAGCUUGUUAGCUUAGACAUGAGUAAUUGUUGGAAUCUCAGGAUUCUGCCAUCCAAAUUGGAGAUGGAAUCGUUAGAGAUUCUAAUUCUCAUCAACUGCCAUAGCCUUGAAGGCUGCCCAGAAUUCUCUCCAUGUAUGGCUAAACUAUCACAUAUAGAUCUUUUUGCUUGUUACGGGAUAAAGGAACUAUCAUCAUCGAUUAGACAUCUUUCCAAUCUAAGAUUUUUGAAUCUUGAAGCAUGUAAAAGUCUUGCUAUGAUUCCAAAUUCUAUAUAUGAGUUAAGGCAUCUCAGGAGGCUUUGUCUUCAUGACUGCUGCGGAUUGCAGAAAUUGCCAGAGGAGUUUGGAAGCAUGGACAAAUUAGAAGAGCUUCAACUUGGAUCGGGCGACUACUUUAGUCCCUUUGAAGGGCAGCUGGUAGAGACCAUUAAUUUUCAUGUGUUGACAAGUUUAAGCUCCUUGAGAAAACUUGAUCUAGCUUGGAGACAAAUAGGGGAAGAAGACUUCCCGAAAGACCUUCAUGGAUUAUCGUCCUUGGAAGAAUUAAAUAUAAGCCAUAAUUCAAAAUUAACUCGGUUACCUGCAAGCAUCUCCCAUCUUUCUUGUCUUCAACACCUAGAGUUGGAUGAGUGUAGCAGACUUCAAAGUUUGCAUGCACUUCCAUCAGGAGUACAAGUACUGAAGGCAAGCCGUUGCAGGUCACUAGAAAAGAUAGAAGAUUUAUCAAAUGCUCAUGAGCACUUGUAUAUGAUAUGGCUCCUUGAUUGCCAGAAACUCCUACCCAACCAAGAGAGUAGAAGAUACCUUGACAUGAUGUCGAACAAAGCUUUCCUUAAGAAAUGGGCUGCUCUAGAUCAUGGUUUAAGUAUUGCUAUUCCUGGAAGCAAGAUUCCAAGCUGGUUUAAAGAACAACAUGGGAACAAAAUAGCACUGAAGUUGGAUCCAAAGUGGCAAUCCCAAAUAAUGGGGUUUGCAAUAUGUGGUGUGUUUAAACAGCCCACGGACCAUCCUUAUCACAGAAUCGAACUCAGAUAUGAAAGGGAUGCAAUGUGUGAUCCUAAACUGCAGCCAGGUGAUUGUACUAAUGCUCCUACAACAUAUGAUAAUGAAAAUGUGUGGAUUGGCUACAUACCAUUCAGUUGCUUUGUGCAAAUGCAUGAUGGCAAACAUCUUCAGCAUGAUGAUUGGUCUAGUAUCACUGAAGGCAAUCUCAUCGUGACCGUAGGAUUAAGCUAUCAUAAAGCGGUACGAUGUGGGGCAUAUGUUGUGUACAAAGAUGACAUAGAAUCAAUUCAUCAAAGGAACCCGCAUAUAUCUUAUUAUUGGAAUUGGGACUUUGUUCAUCAAUCUCAUAAUACUGUAUUGUCUUGUGAGCCCGUAAAAGAGGAAUGUAUAGUAUAUGAUUAAGGUAUAAGACAUUGUGGAAUCACUUAGUCUAAUUUUGUGUUCAGUAUGAUCUCUAUAUGGCAUGGUUAGUGACAUUGUUACUAGUAUAUUAUGUGAUAUUCUUUCAACCGGACUUGCAAGC